UCCCGCCGUUAAAGCUCCCAAGGAGGGCAAGCGCAGGGCUCCAGAGGCACAGAAAGGAAGGCAGCUGGGUGACUGGCGCACUGGGAACUGCCUCUUCUAGCCGGACCUUCGCUCUUGCUUUCUCCAGCUUUGAGGAAACAUUUUAAGGGGAGGUUGUUCAAGAAGGCAAGAGGAUGACAACGUCAACUCCCCGAGGCUGCGGCAGCAUUGGGGCUGACUAUUAUCUGCUCUGUGACAUAGAGGCAGCUUGGGGGAUUGUCCUGGAGUCGCUGGCUGCAGCUGGUGUCCUCAUCACCAUUUCCUUCAUCUGCGUGCUCUUCUUUCUCAUCUGCAAAGUCCAAGACAACAGCAAGCGGCACAUGGUCGCUGUCUAUUUCUUCUUUCUCUUAGGCACGCUCGGCCUUUUUGGUCUCACUUUUGCCUUCAUCAUUAAUCUCAAUGACAGGAUUCGCCCCACUCGCUUCUUCCUAUUUGGAGUCAUCUUUGCUCUCUGCUUCUCAUGCCUCCUCACCCAUGCCUUCAACCUCAACAGAUUGGUGAGGGGAAGAAAGCCCUUCUCCUGGCUGGUGUUGUUGCUCCUCAUUAUUUCCUUUGCCUUGGUGCAAGUUGUAAUCAACAUUGAGUACUUAGUCACCAUGCUAGUACACCAGAGAGACACAUUUCUGGGUAUGUCUCGGGAGGAAACCAACAAGGACUUUGUCAUGCUUUUGAUCUACGUGCUCUUCUUGAUGGCUCUGACCUUCUUGGUUUCCAUGUUCACGUUCUGUGGGUCAUACAAGAGCUGGAAGAGGCAUGGGGCACACAUCUUUGUCACUGUCCUGUUCUCCAUUGCCAUUUGGGUAGUGUGGAUCACUAUGCUCACAAAAGGCAACACAGUUUUAGAACAUCAAAACUGGGAUGAUCCAGUUGUGGCCAUUGCUCUGGUGUCCAAUGGAUGGAUCUUCCUCAUAAUGUUUAUCAUCCCUGAAAUUUGUUUCCUCACUGCCCCUCUGAAGCUGGGCGACUACCCUCCAGAAAACGACUUCUGCCAACCCAGGUUCUUAAAGCAGACAGAUGGAGUGGAAAACCGUGCCUACAGACAAGAUGAAAUCGUGCAAGGAGAGACAGGAGACCUCAGCUACUCUCCAUACUCUUCUAACUUUCAGAUGAAGACCAUCGAACCCCCAAAUGAUUUCUCCAUCCCUCGGCCCAAGGCUCGGACAAGCCCAUACCAUGACUACACUGGUGGGAAAAGUCCCAUGUAGCAGCUCCACAGUGAGCAGAGACUGAGUGCCCAUCAGCAGAGGUGUGGGGAAUGGGCCACAUGGUGACGAAUGAGUCAAUCCUGCAGGAGAGACAGAGUCAACCCAGAGGGAUCCUCUUUUGCACAAGCACACUUGUCAUUCCUCAAACACAGCUUUCAGACACUGCUCUGACCAUCCUGUCCCUGAUCACUCUGUUUCUUUGUGGGAUGGAGCUCAUCUCUUCUGACAGAGGAGCAUGCUGGGAAGUGCUUGUCCUGGACUAAUUUCAGCAGGAACGCUGUAGGGCUAGAGCAACAGGAAGAGCAUCAGCUGGGCCUGCAACUGGCUCUGCCCCAGCCAGAACUUGCUUUGAUCAGCCCAUGGGCCACCUGUGCCCCAUGUCUGAUGGGAGAAGAGGCAGGAACAGGAGUGUCAGCCCUAUACAUCCUCACUCCUUUCCACCUAUGAACACAUUUCAGGUACUAUCAAGGACACCUUUAUCUAUCCACCAUUGCUUUUGUGCCCACUCCCAGCCCUGCCUGGGAGAUAGUGGAGGAACUAUUCCCUUUUUGUUCUUCACAUAUACUUGCAACCCUUUCCUCAUCACCUGGAGACCAUGGUGGAGAGGGGGAAGGAAAAUUUAAAGACAUAAAAACAUCUACACACGUUUACCCUGACACGUUUUCUGAAUUGUGCUGUAGCAUCAGCCUCCCUCCUAGCUCCGACACCUGACCACACGCCCCAGUUAAGCUCCCCAGCAUGCCUGCCCAACCCCCAAAAUCCUCCCUUCACACCCAUGCCACCCCAGCCUGUGGAUCCCUGCAGGCAAAGCCUCCUUCCAUGCAGCUGCUUGCAAUACCCCAGUGGGAUUUAAUCCCACACACCUGAGAGCUCUGCCUCCUCCUGAGUAUGUGUGUGGCAUUAACUCGAGAGCCAGGGACCACGAGCAUGUGUGUUGUGCGUGCAUGAGUGUGUGUGUGUGUGUGUGCCGUGUGGACUGCACCCUGGUGAUCAGCAAUGAGUCUGCAGAGUUGAAUCAUUCUGUAGCCUGCUUUGCAUUUGGCAAAUAGCUUUCCGUGAUAUUUCAUAUAUAAAUAUAUAUCUCCAAGUGGGUGUGUAUGGGGCACUGGUGUCUGACACAGCUGUAUAUUUAUUUAGUACUUUGUAUGUGGAUUAUUUAAUUAAUAAAAACCCAAACAGCCUGA